GGCCCCCGCGUUUGGGAUAAGUGAGACAGGCAGCUAUGCUAUUAGUCACAAGAGCCUGCGAACAGCUGCCUUGGCGCGUGUGUGCUCGCUGUCCUCUUCCGUUCAAGGGAGAACCGUAAGAGCACGAUCGAAGAGGAAAAAGGCGGAAGUGAGCGUCGCCUCAAAACGGCACGGAGCACACAAACAGGCACGGAGACGACUACGUUGGGGGGAAAACAUCAAAAUGUUGAAAGUGUUGGUCCGGGAGCGACUCAUUGCGGCCGCCGACGAAAUCUUCGGCUUGUUUGAAAGAACGAUAGCGUCGUACGAGGAGCAACUUUGUCGGGCGAGAGAGGAGAACGAGCGACACCGACGACAACUGGAAGAUGUUAGCAACACUCAAACGGUCAACGGAGACGUCCAGCAGAUGAUCGGUCGUCGCAAAAAACAUCCACCGCACCCUGACGUUAAGGAGGAAGAGGAGGAUGUUAAUGUCAGCAUAUUGCCACUGACUGUCGUCUGUGUGAAGAGUGAAGAUGAUGAAUACGAGUCGUCACAGCUUCAUCAUGAGAGUCCAAAUGAAGACCACUGUGAAGAACAACCAGCAGACAAGCUCUUAGCUCCACUGGCACAUAUUGAAGAUGUAGAAGAACAUUUGAGGACUGGUACAGACUGUGAAGGUGACAACAAACACUCAAAAAGCUCUGAAAAGGAGACAACUGGCAUAAGGAGUCACACACGCAAGGAACACUUUGCCUGCUCAGUGUGUAGUAAAGAUUUUGUCAAAAAGUCAAACAUGAUUCGACAUAUGACACAACACACAGGGGAAAAACCUUUUAGUUGCUCAAUUUGCGGUGAAAGAUUUACUCAGCGGUCCACUAUUAGUAGGCACAUGAGAAGACACACAGGAGAAAAACCUUUUAGUUGUUCAGUUUGUGGCGAUACGUUUGCACAAAAGGUCUCUUUAAUUGCUCAUACAGCAACACACACAGGAGAAAAACCUUUUGCCUGCUCCAUUUGUGGUAAAAGCUUUUCUUAUAAGCACACUUUGAAAUCACACAUGCAAACGCACACGGGAGAAAAACCCUUUAGUUGCUCCAUUUGUGAUAAAAGCUCUUCUCAUAAGUCCAAUUUGAUCCGACACAUGAGAACACACACAGGAGAAAAGCCGUUCACUUGCUCAGUUUGUGAUAAAAGAUUUUCUCAAAAUGUACUCAUGAUGAGACACAUGAGAAGACACACAGGUGAAAAACCUUUUAGUUGUUCGGUUUGUGGUGAUACAUUUGCUCAGAAGGUCUCUUUGGUGGCACACACAGCAACACACACGGGAGAAAAACCUUACACAUGCCCAGUUUGCAAGAGAAGCUAUUCUUAUAAGAAUGGUUUGAAUGCACACAUGCGGACACACACGGGAGAAAAACCCUUUCGUUGUAACGUUUGCGGUAAAAGAUUUUCUUAUAACCACAGUUUGAAGGCACAUGUAAGGACACACAGCGGAGAAUGAAUAUUUUUUAUUUUUUUUGCUCAGUUGGGCUAAAAUGUUGUAUUUUUGCUCUUAAAUAUCCUUAUACUCAACAUUUGAAUUACCAAUAUGAGUUAUUGUGAAGCAUGCCUUGAAAGGAGUUAUGUGAGCUUAAUCUAGCUGCUUACAUUAGAAUUUAUUUUAGUAUAACAUUUACAUUUGGUAUGCAAUUAUCUGAUUUAUGAAAGUCAAAUGUAAUGUUUGUGUUGCUCACAUUCUUUGGAAUAAAGACGUUUCUGAGCUGC